UUCGAGCACACACUGAGGAAACUGGUCGAGCAGACAGGUCGCACUUCCUCACCAGUCGCCUGUCACUUACACCUGGGACUUAUUUAUGCUUGAUAUACAUUCACGGGGAAAUGGAAGUCGUUGGAUUUUACCGCACAACUGCGCCGUGUCGUUGCGUGACGUGAUGCGGAGAAGGAGCCCGGCGUUUGGAGGAAGAUAUUGAUGCUUUUGAGAGGUUUAAUCGGAGUAGCUAGUAGCUAGCCGCUGCUAGCCCCAGUGCUGGCGGCUCCAGGCGGAAGGGACCGAGAGGACAGAGAGGAUGCUCCGCUGGACCCGGCAGCAGCUGGGCUUCGACCCACCCCAUCAGAGUGACACCAGAACGGUGUACGUGGCCAACCGGUUCCCCCAACAUGGCCACUACAUACCUCAACGCUUCGCUGACAACAGGAUCAUCUCCUCCAAGUAUACCAUUUGGAACUUUGUCCCCAAGAAUCUGUUUGAGCAGUUCAGGAGGAUAGCCAACUUCUACUUCAUCAUUAUCUUCCUUGUACAGCUGAUGAUCGACACCCCGACGUCCCCCGUCACCAGCGGCCUGCCUCUCUUCUUUGUCAUCACCGUCACUGCCAUCAAACAGGGCUAUGAGGAUUGGCUGCGGCACAACGCAGACAACGAGGUCAACGGGGCCCCGGUGUUUGUGGUUCGAAGCGGCAGCCUGGUCCAGACGAGAUCCAAGAACAUCCGGGUGGGGGACAUCGUGCGCGUGGCUAAAGACGAGACGUUCCCGGCCGACCUGGUGCUGCUGUCGUCGGACCGCUCCGAGGGCACCUGUCACAUCACUACGGCCAGCCUCGACGGAGAGACCAACCUCAAGACCCAUUUUUCAGUGGCAGAAACGUCAGUGUGUCAGUCGGGGUCCAGGCUGGAGUCCUUGCAGGCUGUGGUUGAGUGUCAACAGCCUGACCCUGACUUGUAUAGGUUCGUGGGGAGGAUCACUGUGACCCAGGAGGGGGAGGAGAUCGUACGUCCGCUGGGGCCGGAGAAUUUGCUGUUGCGGGGAGCAAGGUUGAAAAAUACCAAAGAGAUUUUCGGUGUGGCUGUUUACACGGGCAUGGAAUCCAAGAUGGCUCUCAACUACAAGUGCAAGUCCCAGAAACGUUCCGCAGUGGAGAAGUCCAUGAACACCUUCCUGAUCAUCUACCUGUGCAUCCUGCUGUUCGAGGCGGUGCUCAGUACCAUCCUGAAGUACGCGUGGCAGGCAGAGAACCAGUGGGACGAGCCCUUCUACAACCAGAAGACGGAGCAGGAGAAGAACAGCAGCCCGAUCCUCAAGUUCAUCUCGGACUUCCUGGCCUUCCUGGUCCUCUACAACUACAUCAUCCCCAUCUCGCUGUACGUCACCGUGGAGAUGCAGAAGUUCUUGGGCUCCUUCUUCAUCGGCUGGGACCUGGACCUGUACCACGAGGAGAGCGACCAGAAGGCCCAGGUCAACACCUCGGACCUCAACGAGGAGCUGGGACAGGUGGAGUACGUUUUCACCGACAAAACGGGAACGCUCACGGAGAACGAGAUGUACUUCCGUGAGUGCUCCAUCAACGGGAUCAAAUACCAGGAGCUGAACGGCCGGCUGGUGCCAGAGGGCGUGAUGGAAGACACGCUGGACGGCUCCAACGCCACUCUGACGGGGGACGAGCUGCUGUUCCUCAAGGCGGUCGCUCUGUGCCACACGGUGCAGAUCAGCUACGACCAGCCCGACAGCAUGGGGGGUGGCGGGGACCCCUUCUCCCACGCCAACGGCUUCUCCUCCGGCACCAUGGAGUACUACGCCUCUUCGCCCGACGAGAAGGCCCUGGUGGAGGCCACCAAGAGGAUGGGCGUGGCCUUCAGUGGUAGCAACGGGGAAACCAUGGAAAUCAAAACCUGCGGCAAGUCUGAAAAGUAUAAACUGCUUCAUGUCUUGGAGUUUGAUGCAAACCGUAGGAGGAUGAGUGUUAUACUGGAGUCGCCCUCAGGAGGUAAAGUGCUGUUUACCAAGGGGGCAGAGUCCGCCAUCUUGCCUUUCGCCACCAGCGGAGAUAUAGAGAAGACCAGACUGCAUGUGGAUGAGUUUGCUCUGAAGGGACUGCGGACCCUGGUGGUGGCGUGCCGGUUCUUCAGCCCGGAGUCGUACGCGGAGGUGGAGCGGCGUCUGGGCGCGGCGCGCACCGCCCUGCAGCACCGGGACGAGCGGCUGCAGGAGGCCUUCGACUUCAUCGAGCGGGACCUGCAGCUGCUGGGGGCCACUGGGGUGGAGGACAGGCUCCAGGACAAGGUGCAGGAGACCAUCGAGGCCCUGCGCCUGGCCGGCAUCAAGGUGUGGGUGCUGACGGGGGACAAGCACGAGACGGCGGUGAGCGUCAGCCUGUCCUGCGGCCACUUCCACCGCACCAUGAACAUCCUGGAGCUGCUGCAGCAGCGCACGGACAACGAGUGUGCCGAACAGCUCCGCCUACUGGCCAGGAGGAUCAACGACGACCACGUCAUCCAGCACGGCCUGGUGGUGGACGGGGCCAGCCUGUCUCUGGCGCUACGGCAGCACGAGAAGCUCUUCAUGGACGUGUGCAAGAACUGCUCGGCCGUCCUCUGCUGCCGCAUGGCCCCCCUGCAGAAGGCCAAGGUGGUGCAUCUGUUCAAGACGUCCCCCGAGAGGCCCAUCACCUUGGCCAUCGGAGACGGGGCCAACGAUGUCAGCAUGAUCCAGGAGGCCCACGUGGGAAUAGGCAUCAUGGGGAAGGAGGGGAGGCAGGCUGUGAGAAACAGCGACUAUGCAAUCGCCCGGUUUAAGUUCCUGUCCAAGCUGCUGUUGGUCCACGGACACUUCUACUACAUACGAAUAGCUCAUCUUGUACAGUACUUUUUUUACAAGAAUGUGUGUUUUAUCACACCACAGUUUUUAUACCAGUUCUUCUGUCUGUUUUCACAACAAACCCUGUACGACGGUGCAUACCUGACCCUGUACAACAUCUUCUUCACCUCCCUGCCCAUCCUGGUGUACAGCCUGUUUGAGCAGCUGGUCCACCCUCACGUCCUCCAGACGAAACCGGCCCUCUACAGGGACAUAAGCAGGAACUCUCUUCUCUCCUUCCGGACCUUUCUCUACUGGACUCUGCUGGGAUUCUGUCAUGCCUUCAUCUUCUUCUUCGGGUCCUACGCUCUGAUAGGAGAGGAUACCAGCCUGAAUGGCAACGGACAGAUGUUUGGGAACUGGACCUUUGGAACGCUGGUGUACACGGUCAUGGUCAUCACUGUGACACUACAGCUGGCCUUGGAGACCCAUUAUUGGACGUGGAUGAACCACUUUGUGACCUGGGGUUCCAUCACCUUCUACUUCAUCUUCUCGCUCUUCUACGGAGGCAUCAUCUGGCCCUUCGUCCAGACCCAGGACAUGUACUUCGUCUUCGUCCAGCUCCUGUCCAGCGGCUCGGCCUGGUUCACCAUCAUCAUCAUCAUCGUCACUUGUCUGUUCCCGGACAUGCUGAAGAAGGUCCUUUACCGGCACCUGCACCCCACUGGCACCCAGAAGAGCCAGUCUCUAUCAGCCCAACAGAGCCAGGGCCUCAGCUGUGUGGAGUCCCUGUGCUGCUACCAGCAUGGGCAGAGUGGCUGCACCCGGCUGCUGGAGCAAAUGAGCGGACGCUGCCCGGCGGGCGCCUCCCACUGCACCGCCGACCCCCGCAGCAGCAACAACAGGUCGUGGAGCGACCCGGAGAACCUCUACUCCAACGACCGCAGUAUCCUGACCCUGUCCCCCAUCGAGGCCAGCCACUGCUGACCCCCCCCCUCCCCCGGGGCCCCUGAGGGGGGGGGGGGGUACCUCACCUCACCUCUCGUUUGCCCCCCUCAGUACCAGUCGGUCGUCCACUGAGGGAACCACCAGCGUGUCUCUCGUCCACUAGGAGCCGCUGGGAGUCACAUGACAUUAACAGCUGAUGCAGCGUGGAGUGUGCGUGGUGCCCGCCUGGUUUGAGCUGCUCCCACCGCACACACUCCACGUGGAGGGGUUCCCCAAAUGUCCAAAAGACUGGGAAUUGAAGCACAAAAUAGAUUUGCUCCAACCAAUUGCAAACACCCUUGCUGCAGAGGCUGGCCAAUCAGCAGGCCUCCCUGACACGCGGCGCUGGAGGAUCAGUAGGACCCCUGUCCCCCAUAGCCCUCCCCGGGUCUGACAAUAGCUUUACAUGGGAGCCCAGCUACUCAAAGGCCUUAUCACGGUACCAAAGACCAAAGACACGAGUUAAUAAGAGAAAGCGCUUUAUUUUUGUGCCCGAUUGUACAGAAAGUUGAUUAUUGUAAAGACGACUAUUCGUACAUCCAAAUCUCCCACAGUCCACAGUCCACAGUCCACAGUCCACAGUCCACAGUCCAGCAUCGCUUCCCUCCUCAAACGCCUUCAUCUCCGUUUGUUUAUGUUUUCACCCGAUGACCAAAACCAUCCUUGCACUAAAGGAAGUGACAUCACAGACCUUAGAGGCGACCACAUCCUGCGAAGGCAAUGUCCCUCUGAUCGACCGGCAGAGUACUCUUUGGAGAUCGCCGUUGACAUGUUACGUUUAUUUCAGAAAAAAAAAAAUAUCAGGGUUUUAGUGUAACGAUGGUUUGUGCUCUGCACGGCUGCUCCUGAUCUCUGUCCCGGUCGGAGAACAUUCCGGCCCACACUGCUUCAAAGAGACAAUUAGGAUUUAGAAUGUAAAGUAAGUAAUGACUUUACAGGCAGAGCUUUUUGCACAUUUGUUUCAUCACAUGUCCCUUUCAUGUUAUGUUGGGUUUGCCUUGAUCCUGUCUUGCAUACAUUUUCCAUUGCAUACCGUUUUGUUCAUCAUUGAAAUCAUCACAAUCAUGUUAUAAUCGGCCUAUUGUUGUGCCAUGUGUUGCUUAUGUGUAUCUCCGGUACGGAUGGCUAGCCGCUCUCCUUAAGGAGCUUCUCCCCAGGACGCCUCUAGGCUGAACCCAGCUUGUCUCUCCCUCCUGAUGAGGAGUCUGACCUUCUUGAUCUGAGGUGUCUGAGGAGGCCACAUCAGGGUGGGGGCCAGGAGCUGGGCACGAUGAAGCGGCUCCAGGUGAAUCUAAACUGAACCAAGCCAUCGAUGGCGGGUUGGGAACUCUUUUAAGACAACCGUUUUGAACUCGCUGUCAUCAACCCUGUUGCUCACACGGAACACGCGUUUGAAGAAUUGUGUUAGCGUUGCGUGGCGUCUAUGCAAAGCAGUCGAAAUGUUAAACGGUUAAAGACUCACCGAUUUAUUUUUGUUGAACCAGUGGUUUCCCUUGAAUCACUUUAAAUCAUAUUUUGGGAAAAUGAAUACAUGUCUGAUAACACCUUUUUAUAUAUUUAAUAUCACAGUGCAUCUUAUUCUGUUAAGUCGUGCUUGUUCUUUGCAUAUAUCUGUACGGCUUGAAUACGUCUUCUACCCAACAGAAUCCCCGUACUAUCCAAAUAGAUCACAAGGAAUCAUUGAUCUGUGAGGCAGUGGGGUUUGGGUGAGAACGGGUUUGGUCGUCAUGACUCACUUUGCUUUUUUCCAAAUAAUAUGAGAACACAAUGUCAUGAAAAUGGUAUCACAUUAAGAUUUUCUUAAGAAUGUUCUCAGCACUAUAUCUCGCAGCUGUUUAAGAAGGACAUUUUCAGCGGUAUCUCUAAAUUUGAUCUGGUCUCAAACGGUGUACUCGUACUCAAACGGUUAUCGCACUGCAGGCAUUGAUCCACUGAAGCUGCAGAUGCAGCCUUUGGUGCAAUAUGUUUAGGAACCCACGAGAAUCUCCCAAAAAUCAAUGCAUUGAUGGACUGAUGAGGCAGAAAUAGAAAUACGUGGGAAUAUUAUCAACCCCUCGGGUGAUCUGGAUCAGUGGUGCUCUCUUGUGACUUUGAAUAGGCAUCAUAUCGAUCAUUAUAAAUAGUUAUUUAAGUGAAGAGAUGGGACAUAAAGAGCUUUUUUUUGUGGUCUGGUUAAAGUUAUGCUAGGGUGUAUUUCUGGCCAUUUUCUAGGUCUAUAAAAGAACGGAAGGCUUUUGGAAAGUAGUUUAGUGUUUUCUCAGUGGAUCGACCACAGGUAACAUUUUUGAAAACCUGAACAGGAGAAUGUCUACGUUUAUUUAUUGUUGUUUUAUCGAUUAAUAUGUCAGUGACUCACCAUCCACCUGUAAGACCAAGGUCUUGAUACAAAUUAAGGAUUUUAAAUGUUUAAUGUGUUGGAAGACAUUGAUAUACCUCUCCCAUCUGCAAUAAUCGUGUCACUGCCCAGAACGCAGGCUACUCCUCUGCACCUUGUGUGUUUCUGUUUGAGCAUGUUUUGCUGUUUUUGUCUUCAUGCCUUCUCUGUAGGCUGUCAUAUGGCUGACGAUGUUAUUGAAAAGUUAUAUUUACGGAAUAAAUAAUUUUUUUAAAGAAUGAAGAGUGCUUUCCUUGCAACAAUAAUUUCAGCUCCUUCUAGUAUUCAUAUUUAACUUGGGCAUAGCCACAAAAGGUUUAGCCCUGUGUGGGGUUGAUAGGGAUCCAUAUAGAACAUACUGGGUAAUAAUUACUUAAUUAAAUGGCAUGCACAAAUUAAAUAUAACUACCAAUUACAGUGAUGUAGCAUAAACAUUGCAACUCCCAUCAUAUGAAUCAGUGUUGCUCAAGUUACGUAAAUUCUCAAUUUAUAAUAUCUAUACAUCACAUCAAAACAUUUAUAGGGAACCUCAUCUUAAUUCAUUGGUUUAAUUAAAACUCGGAACAGGUUGAGUCUAUUUCAAAAGUUCACUGUUUUUUAUUUGUCGUCAUGAAAAAAAACAUAAGGAGUAACACUGUUGUUUUUUAUUGGUCGUCAUGAAAAAAAACAAAGGGUAACACUGUUUUUUAUUGGUCGUCAUGGAAAAAACAUGAGGGGUAACUCAGUCGU